UUAGAGCGUAGUUCCUGUGCAACAUCCUUUUCAAAGGACUGCUUUGAAAAGCUUUUCGCAGCCUUUACAUACACACAUUUCAUUCAUCUCUGAACAAUACUUGAUGCUAGUUUAAAUUGAGUCCUUUGCUUACUCAUCAUCAUGAUGCGUUAUUGGGGAGAGAUCCCCGGACCCGCGGGUGCACCUCCCAGCCGCAGCUCCUUUGACUUGCUCCAGCGUGAGUUUCGCUCAGUGGAGAUGCAAGAUCCUCCACUGCACCAGCCGUCAGCGCAGCGCCCACGUCCCACCACGAUGCUGGACAUCCCGUCAGAGCCCUGCAGCCUCACCAUCCACACGGUGCAGCUGUGUCAGCAUGCCAGACGUCUCCGUGGCCUCCUGGUAACAGCACAGGCUCAGGGUCAGAACUCAGAGGGCAGCCUCAGAGAAGGCGGCAACAAGAUGGAAGAGACUGAUGUCAACCUUCCUCAACGUCCUCCCACCCCACCUAUCAUGCCAGAUGAUCUGCUGCCUGUGGACAGCAAAGCCCCACGGCAACCCUUCCAGCUCCUUCACAGUGAUCCUGAAAGUGACUUUUAUAAGGGUAAAGGUGAACCAGUCACAGAGCUGAGUUGGCCUUCUUGCAGGCAGCUCCUCUACCAGUCAGUGGCCACUGUUCUGGCCCACGCUGGCUUCGAAUCUGCUCAGGAGAGUGUGCUGGAAACUCUGACUGACCUGGUCCAUGAGCAUUACCUGCGCCUCACACGCCUGCUGCGCGUGGCAGUCGACCGGGAGGCACGGCUAGGAGCGAGUCCCUUCCCAGACGUGGUGGAACAAGUGUUCCAUGAGGUGGGCAUCGGCAGCGUGCUGGCCCUGCAGCGCUUCUGGCAAGUUAGGAUCAAAGAUUAUCACAGCUACAUGCUGCAGGUCAGUAAGGACCUGUCGGACGAGUAUGAGCGGCUUGUGAACCCAGAGAAGGCUCUGGAGGACUCCAAACCCCCGAGGAUUAAGGAAGAGCCCAUGAGUGACAUCUCCUUCCCUGUCAGCGAGGAGCCUGAGGCUGACCUGGCCUCUGGGGACCAGGCUCUCCCCAUGGGGGUCCUCGGGGCCCACGGUGAAAGGCUGGCUGCAGGCCUGGACGGUGAUCAUUCUCCUCACAACUCAGGUGGAGGCGGGGCCAACCACUCCCCUCUGUGGCCACAGGUAAAAAUGGAGCCGCAAGAUGGAGAGGAGGGCCAGGGCUCAGGACAUCAUCAUCACCACCAUCAUCUGGGUGGGGAUGUGUUCGAGGAGGGGGGACCCAUGUCCACCAUGAGCGAAUCCGGAGGAGCCAUGGCACCCUCGCCUGGAGGAGCAGCGUCCGAUGGCAGCUAUGCCUCGCAUUCACCGGACUCCCUGAUGAGCUCAUCACCCGUUUUCAACCAGAGACCCAAGAAACGGCCGAAGAAGAUGUGAAAGGAGAAGCAGCUCCUGGAGAUGGAGGAAGAACAGUGGACUCUUUAACUCCACAGCUAGUUUCUUAUCAUGGACGCAGUCAUGAGCGAACUUAAAGGAGGGGGAAUAUAUUUUGUAGUUUUUCACGUUCGUCUUUUAUGUGUGAGUGUAGUUUAUCUCAAAUGGCUGAAUAUUUUUCCAUUAACUAUCAAUGAAGUUAACUGGUAAAAAAAAAAUCUAUUUUCAGUUAUUCUUGCUUUUCACUUUCACUGUAAAAAAAAAAAAAAAUCAUUUAAAGAAUAUCUUUCUGUAAAUGAAUGAGAACACAGGAAAUGGCUCAGGUCUAAAAGCAAAUCAUUUUGUUAAACAGCUUAAUAAUUCAGCAGAGUGGUUUGUUUUUUCAAGCUAUUAACUCACUCUGUCCUCGCAUAGCAAUUACAGUCUGUGCCAUUCAUUAUGAUUAAAAGAGGCUUCACCAAACAGGAGAAUAUUUGGACAUAUUUUUCCUCAUGAAUUCAUUAUGCUGUAUUUUUAACACUCACCACCUUGUUUACCUUCCAUGGUAGACUUUUCAUGUAACCAAACAAAGCAGUACACACACACACACUGUUCCCACACCUGUCAACCUGAAGCUGCUCGGCAAAUUAGCAUCUGUGUCAGUAAUGAGGCAAAUCUCUGAAUGCAACACCAGAAGCAAUUAUGGUUUGAUCCUCUGCAUCACAACAGUAACAUCAAUCCAGCCUUAAUGGCAAAUUAAUUACAUCAUGCAUAACCGUUCAUGCUGAAUGUGCAGGUUUGAUGAGGAUUUUUCGCUUUGUGUAGUCCUCUGUCAUUUUCACAACCGGUCAGGUAGUUUUCUUCCUAAGGGAGGGGCUGAUGGGGUCAUAUGUGUUGAUAUUCAAUUAGCUGCAACAUUAACUUGAUUCAUCUUUUUAUUUGUGACAAAAUCAGUGUUCCAGACAUGGGCUUCCCUCCAUGUUAAUGACGGUAGGUAGCAUCGCCUAGCCCUAAUGUGAGUUCAUUUCCGCCCUGUUAUUCUGUUAUUUUGUGGUGACUGCAGAAAACUUAACACUGUC